AUGCGGGCUGUGUCUUGGGUGGCACUGGCGCUCUCUUUGCGGCUUACGUGGACCUACCGGCCGCAGGAAGCUCACCAUCUGAAGGUUGACAAUUGCGGACAGGGACCGGGCUUCGACGGCUGGACAGAGUGGGAGGCCAUUACAUAUUUGACAUCCUUCUGGCCGGACGAAAACAGGACCGAGUUGACGAGCGCAUCGCAAGGAUGCCCACCGGAAGAAGGGAUAAGAAUUCCCUUGGGAAAUGGCUUUGAUGUGACGUGUCAGGGAGGCUCCGUUGCUUCCAUAGGCAUCCAGGUAAAGUCUGCCACAGCCCGGCUCCACCAUCUUUCCUGUGCGCUGUCAAAGCUCUCCGGAGUCAAUGCCCUUUACUUGGAUGACUCCAACAUUACCGGCAACAUGAUCGACCUUGAAAGCUCACAGCUGCAGCGGCUCGAGCGACUGCAAAUGCGGCAGUGCAAUGUGGAUGUCGACCUAAGCCAGCUUAGUUCCUACACGUUCGUGGCCUUGAAGCUCUCAGGAAAGCGGGUGCAUGGUUCCCUCAGAGACGUGAACUGGGAGAAGCUGAAGUUUCUUGAUCUACGAGACACUAAUGUGACCGGCGAUGUGUCAAGCGACACAGUUACCUCGUCCUCGCUACAAGGGCUUUGGCUCCAGAACACUCGUGUCGAAGGGGACAUCCAGGUGCUGAUCGAGAGGAACAAGAACCUCUGGUACUUGGAUGCUGCAAACACAAAAAUCACAGGCUCAAUCAAUGAUGCAUGGAAGUACGAAGGUCAAUACUUGAGAGAGUUGAACAUCAACGGUACAAGCAUCACUUUCCAUGUGACUGAGCCAUCGGCUCAUGACAGCCCGAAGCCAUUCCCCAAAUUGCGCAUCCUGGAAAUCAGCUAUUGUCCCCUCAAUAUCACCGUGAAGGAUUUCCUGUUGCCUCUGAGACACAAUGACAUGCUGGCCAUUGUCGCGGCUACACAUUGCCAGCUACGUGGAGAACUCAUGGGCACAAGGGUUUACCAACAUUUUCCAUUAAGAGAGCUGAGACUAAGUCACAACGAUAUCACGGGCCUUGAGGGGCGGCCACUGCAAUUCUUCUUGGACGUGAGCCACAACCCGUUGAAGGGCAUUGACACCAGAUACUUUCAGGAGCCUUUGGUUUUGGAUAUCCGAAGCACAGGGUAUUCCAUGCCGGAGGACUUGUUCAACAACACUUGGCAGCAGAUGACGAAGAGCGCAACGCGUUCCAGCAAGGCAUGGAGAUGCCACGGACCGCAGCCCCUGGGCGACCAGACACGCGUGAGCUUGGAUCCGGAAGUCUUUGCUCCAUCAGUCCUAUGCCGGUGUAACGCCGGCUCUGGGAGAGGCAUCAAUUGCUCGAACUGUCCCAACGGCAUGGUACCAGCGAAAGACGACAUGUUUUCUUGCAGCUGUCCGCGUGGACAGGCGUGGCUGCCGAUCGGCUCGGACGAGGUCGACUCAUCGGACGGCAAGAUGGGCUCUUGCUUCGUUUGCCCAGACAACCUCGAAAGCGACAUCUGCAGGAGCACCAGCACAGGCACAGACUGCACAUACGGAUACACUGGUACGUUGUGCACAAGCUGCUCAGACGGAUUUCGGUCUGUUGGCUAUGCAAGCUGCAAGAGCUGCGGCGAAAGGGAGAUGAAGCGCGGCCUCAUGCUGGCUGCAGUGGGCUUCAGUGUGCUAGUGGCGCUAUGUGUCAUGCUGUGGUAUUUCGUGUGGCGGCCCCCGGAAAAAUCAGCUGUGGAGCAAGGCCAUCGUGUUCAGGAAAUGAUGGAGCAGGGCCUUUUGCUUCUCAACCAUGUACAGAUCCUCGUGGCGCUGAAGUCCAUUGAAAGCAUCAACACGCGAAGGAGUAUCUUCCACGAGAUCUUGCAGCUGCGUGCCGAGUUCCUCAUGCAGCUCCUGCCUGUUCAGUGCUUAGCCGGGCACCAACGAGGCCGCGAGAUCGAGAUCCUGGCCUCCAUCUACUGCCUGCCGGUGUUGUGGGUUCUUGGCCUUGCUGUGGCCACCUGCCGAGGCAGCCCCUUCCUCGCUCUGAAGUUCGGCAUUGCGGUGACAUCCGUGCUUCUCAUCGGGACCAUGCAAGUGGCAUUUACCAACCUAAGCUGGUGCAUGGAUGAAGUAGGCAACAAGAAGCUCGCUGGCAAUGCAUUCCUGCACGAGAGGCCCUUCCAGAGGUGUACCGACACCGACCCUGACCCGCUGGCCCCUGCAUUGCUCGUCAGUGUCGGCAUCAAUGCUGGUCUCAUUCCGACCUGCCUGGCCCUGACGGGCUGGUACAUCAGCCGCCGCAUGCAGCGGGUCCACAGCCUUGCAGGGUGCAUUGUUCCAGGCCGAUUCACGGCAAAUCAUGUGGAUCACAUCGAGCUCACUCUCUGGGAAGGUGUGUCUGACGCUUCGACAGCAUCACAGGACCUCGGAAAGUACGAGCACCUCCCCAAAGCGGCCCUGUGCAUUUAUGCUGCGUCCCACGCAGCACACCUCUCGGAGCUCAUGGGUGCCAGCACUGUCGAGGUUACCCAGGCGCAAUCGCACUUGAAGAUCCAUGUGCCAGUUUCGGAGAGCUGGAGCACUCUUGCGCCGAAAUAUCAGCAAUCCUGCCUGGCGAUGAUCCGAAAGGAGGCGGACAUGAUUGGCAGGAAUCUACUGUUUCGCUCAAUGGCCAAGCACGUGCUCCAGGAAGGGCCUUUGUGGCUUGCAACGAGAAGUUCCUUCGAACGCUUUGCGGACAAGGACCCGCUGCUUUGCGAAGGCAUGCAAAGGAUCGUUCUCCUGGGCUUCGCACAACUCUGCUUUAAGGGCAGAGCAGAGCAUUUUAGCUGGACUGCCCUUUUUCUGUUCUUCUUCGGCUGGGGCAUCUUUUUCGGCAAGCCUUAUGGGAGCCGCUCCCGAAACAAUUUGGCUGCUAUCUGCUACAUCUCUCUGAGCUUGUUUACCUUCUCCAUGUGGGUCACCCCAUAUAUGGAAGACACCGUGGCGGCUGUAAUAAGUAUCGCAGGAUAUGCAGCGGCAGUGUUUCCCCUCCUCUACGGCUUGCACUUGCACCUGAUGCCGGGCGACAUUGCUUUGCAAGUGUAUGCUUUCCUUCCAGCAGUAGAAAAGUUAGUGUCAGGAACUCCGAAGACAGAGACUCAGAAAUUAAUGCUGCCGCCAAUCCGUUGGCAGCUCGAACAGCACUUGUCCUGUGUGCAUGGGCUGCUGACAUGCUACCGUGAGUGCAUUCUUCUUUUGCAAACCCAGCAGAUGCAAGCAGACUCACAAGCAGAGCUGCUGGCUGGCAAACAGUUGAGCGGCAUUCGACGGUGGAUGUGA